AUUUUGCGGAGCUCAACGCAAGUCAACACUCCGAAAUGUCAAUUUGACAAACUUAAGGGGGCACUCCAUUAUCAUCUCCGAUAAACUUCCAAACAGGAAUCACGAAUUUCAAAAUGCCUCCGGAUAUUCGCAACUUUUUUGGAGCCAAAACUCAGACCCCCAUCCGAGAGAAGGAGACCAAGGAAACCAAGAAAGGAGAUGAUUCCAAGAAGAAGCGAGGCAAAAGCCGCAAAGUCAUUGAAGAUAGUGAUGACGAUGAACCUACACCAGCGGUCAAGAAAUCAACCCCCAAGAAGGCACCCGCCAAGAAAGCUGUGAAGCAGGAAUCCCCUAAAGGACAAGAAACCUCUACAACGGAUUACUUUGCUACCAGCAGCAAACCUAAGCCUACCAAAACCACUUCCGCAAAAGCCACUCCCGUCAAAACUAAGAAUCCGCCAAAAUUCGAAACUAAUGGUCGGUCCUCUGCUCGCAAGAAGACCGCAACAUCGUACAAGGAGGAAGAGGAUGACGACGACUUUGCUAUCCCUUUAGAUGACGAUGAAGAAGGGGCGGAUGACAUCUUUGCUACAGAUGUUAAGACAUCCGGCAAGAGAAAGGAUGACGGUUAUGUCGAGAGUGACAGUAACGAUGAACCCAUUGUCGUGCCAAAGAAGACAGCGAAUGCCAAGGCCAAGGGUUCUAAGAAAGAAGAUGUUGAAAUGAAGGAUGCUAGUGACUCUUUUGUCUUGGCAGAUGAGAGUGAUGAUAUGAUGGUCAUCGACAAGCCGGCCCCAAAAACCACUGGAAAGAAACGAAAAUCUGUGGAUCUCGAGUCGGAAGAUGACGAGGAAGAUGUCAAACCAAAGACCAAGUCCGUCAAGGCGAAGUCCUCUAAGCCGCCACCCGCGAAGAAACCAAGAGCCCCGAAGAAGAACGAACCCGAAAGCUCUGCUGUUCAGGCGAUUCUUGAUAACAUCCCGACUGUAAGAGCACCAACUCCGCCUCCGCCAGACGCCAGUGCAAAAUGGGACUGGAAAAAGGGAGGCGGUGGUGGUGGCAAUGCUGGACCACCGGCCGGUGCAGGAUCCAAAGAGAUACCAGUGGGCGCAGAAAAUUGUUUAGCUGGUAUGACUUUUGUGUUCACUGGCUUACUCGAGUCAAUCUCUCGUGAAGAGGGAACAGAGCUUGUGAAGCGAUACGGAGGUAAAGUCACAGGUGCGCCGAGCAGCAAAACAACUGCUGUGGUCCUCGGCAAUGACGCUGGUCCAAGCAAAUUACGGAAGAUAGCAGAGCUUAAAAUCCGGACGAUCAACGAAGAUGGUUUGUUUGCGAUGAUUAGCCAACUUCCUGCCAAUGGAGGUGACGGCAAAGCAGCCGAGAAGACUAUGGAGAAGAAGAGAGCAGAAAUGGAGAAAAUCAAGAAGGAAGCAGAGGAGAUGGAAAGGGAGGAGAAGCGAAAAGCUGCCGAAGCUGAAAAGGCCGAGAAGGAGGCACAAAAGCAAGCUGCCCUCAAAGGAACGUCUGCUCCAGCGCCCACCCGCAAAGUAGCACCUACUGCUCAACUAUGGACUAGCAAGUAUGCUCCAACAUCAAUGAACCAGAUCUGUGGCAAUAAAGGGCAAGUGGAGAAGAUUCAAGCCUGGUUGAAGGGUUGGGCAAAGGCUCACAAGUACAACUUCGAAAAGAAAGGGCCGGACGGUCUAGGCGGCUAUCGUGCAAUAAUCAUUCAUGGCCCACCUGGUAUCGGGAAAACCACCGCUGCACACCUUGCUGCGAAGCUGGCUGGUUACGAUGUCAUAGAGAGCAACGCAAGUGACACUCGAAGCAAAAAACUCGUGGAAACAGGACUUAAUGAUGUAUUGGACAACAAUUCUCUCCUCGGUUACUUUUCAGGUAACGGCAAAGACAUUGAUAAGCAGAAGAAGAAUAUUGUCCUCAUCAUGGACGAGGUGGACGGUAUGUCUGCUGGAGAUAGAGGCGGCGUUGGUGCCCUUGCCAAAGUCUGCAAGAAGACUCACAUACCAAUGAUCUUGAUCUGCAACGACCGGAAACUGCCAAAGAUGAAGCCUUUUGAUUUUGUCACGUUCGAUAUUCCCUUCCGCCGUCCAACACUGGAUCAGAUCCGGUCUAGGAUUGCAACCAUCUGCCAUAGAGAGGGCUUGAAAUUACCCAUGAAUGUGAUUGAUGCCCUCGUUGAGGGUAGCAACAAAGACAUUCGCCAAAUCAUCAACAUGUUGUCUACGGCCAAACUGGAUCAAACCUCUAUGGAUUUCGACCAAAGCAAGGCCAUGUCCAAAGCUUGGGAGAAGCAUGUGAUUUUGAAGCCAUGGGACAUCUGCCAUAAGCUUCUAGGCGGAGGUAUGUUUGCUCCAAGCAGCAAGUCGACUCUUAACGACAAGAUCGAAUUGUACUUCAAUGACCAUGAAUUCAGCUAUUUGAUGAUUCAAGAGAAUUAUCUGAGCACCAAGCCAAUACUUGUGGGAAGUCGACAGGGACGAGAAGCCAAGCUGAAAGAAUUACAGCUCGCCGAUCAAGCUGCAGAGAGCAUCAGCGAUGGCGACCUGGUUGAUAGAAUGAUUCAUGGUUCCCAGCAGCAGUGGAGUCUUAUGCCAACUCACGCCGUGUUCAGUGCCGUCCGCCCUGCUAGCUUUGUAUCUGGUAUGAUGACUGGCCAGACAAGCUUCACGUCUUGGCUUGGUAACAAUAGCAAGCAACAAAAGCUCGUGCGCUACGUGAAGGAGAUUCAGUCUCAUAUGCGUCUGCGGACAUCUGGAGACAGACACGAGAUUCGACAACAGUACUUGCCCGUUUUAUGGAUUCAAAUGAUCAAGCGGCUUGAGCUUGAGGGAAAGGAUUGUGUCGACGAGGUUAUCGACUUAAUGGACAGCUACUUUUUGACAAGAGAUGACUUCGACUACAUGAUGGAGCUUGGACUUGGCCCUCAAGAUCAGGAACUCGUCAAGCUUGAGACACAGACCAAGUCAACUUUCACAAGAUUAUACAAUGGCCGAUCUCAUCCGUUGCCGUUCAUGAAGGCAUCGAAUGUCGUAGCUCCUGCGAAGCAAAAGAAGGAAGCUCCUGAUCUUGAGGAGGCAAUCGAGGAAGAAGAUGAGGGCGAUGCGGUCGAGGAGCCUACUAAAGAAGAAGCAGAGGAGAUCGAUUUCAAGAAGGAUAAAUACAUCAAGCAGCCAAAGGUCAAGAAGGCAGCGGCAAAAAAGGCUACCAAGAAGACGAAGGGAAAGGGUGAUGACGAGGGCGAGCCUGACGACGACGAUGAUGAGGACGAAAAGCCCAAGAAGAAGGCCAAAUCGAAGGCGUCGACGGCCAAAGGGAAAGGAAAGAAAUGAUUGUGUAUAGUCUAAUCUACUGUAUAUGUUAUCUAGCAUAGCCUUUUGAGGUUUGGAGGUCUGAGUGUAUGCUAGUUGAACAUAUUCCUGCCAAUGUUGGGAUUCAGAGCAGUACUUGAAAUGCGAU